AUGCCAAAGAAAACAUACACAUUUUUGCACUAAUUUUCUCCAGUUUUCGAAAGGAUUUGUGUGUGUUUUAGUGGAUUUACUUUCAGCUAGCAUUUAUCCGUCGUUCCAAGGUUUGCGAGGAUGUCGGUUACACAGCGAGUUCAGCAAUGGGCCACCUUCGCUAGGACAUGGCACAUUUUCGAUUGCACUUGGCAAAACCCCUUCGAAGCAGCGUCCUUGAUAAGAAAGCACUUGAUGGGUUUGCACAAACCGAUUUACCAUCCGAUGAAUGAUUGUGGUGAUCACGUAGUGGUCAUUAAUACGGGCGAAAUAGCACUUCCUGGCGAUGAGUGGAAAAAGCGUGCCUACUUUCACCACACGGGCUACGCGGGAGGAGCAACCUGGACGCUGGCAUGGCAAUUACACGAAAAAGAUCCCACGAUGAUCAUGAAGAAAGCGGUUUACCGAGCAAUGAAGGGUAAUCUGCAGCGGAGACACACGAUGCAACGGCUACACCUGUUCAAGGACGCCGAGGUACCGAAGGACAUUCUUGAAAAUGUAACCAACCAGAUACGUCAGCCACGCCGUGUUCCGCAGCGGCUGGAUCACAUCGAUCCGGAAGUGGUUCGCAAUUUCCCCAAGGUUAUGGACUACCCGAAAGAUUAUAUCCUGCGAUAGAACAGCGCGUUCGCUUUGUUCAUCGCAUCCUUUUGGCAUUAGUUCGCCCCAGCCUGGGAUUAUUAGCAAUAAAAACAACCAUAUGUGUACACAAACGUAA